UUUCUUGCAUUUCAAACGUCAAAACGGUUAUCCGUUGUUUACCUGCGAGUAUACGGUUGUUGUUCCGUAAUUUUUUAUCCUUUUAUUGACUAAAAGUUAAGUAAAAAUGGCAGAAUUCAAGACGCCAGUUUCCAAAAGAACCAGGAGCAGAGUAGCCGAAAAUUCGGAGUUCCAUACUCCCAUAAAAAUUCCUCCAUCACCUUUUCUAAAGCAGAUAGGUUAUGGAUGCGGUGUAAAUGUUUUUACUCUGGAGAGAUCGCCUAAAGUUGGAUUUAUUCGUUCGCCAUGGGCAAUAAAAAAACGCAACAAGAAUGUAACAAAGGACUCGACGUACAAUUCAAGGAUCAAAUUGGAAGCAGAAAUUUUAAGAAAGUUAAAGCAUCCAAAUAUUGUUGGAUUUAGAGCUCUCACAUAUGCACCUGGUGGUGAUCCUUGUCUUGCCAUGGAAAAGAUAGAAAUUUCUCUGGGAGAUUUGAUUGAAGAAAGAGUAGAAGCAGGAGAAGAUCAAUUUCCAGCAAAUGACAUACUGAAAAUUGGCUAUGAGAUUGCAAAAGGCUUGGAGUAUCUUCAUCAUACAGCAUACAUACUGCAUGGCGAUAUGAAAAGCUAUAAUGUUUUAGUUACAAAGGACUACAGUGUAGUCAAAAUAUGUGACUUUGGAGUUUCAGUUCCUUUGACCAAAGCUCUUGAAAUAGAUACAUCAACAGAUGAAUUUAUGUACAUUGGAACGCAAUGCUGGAGUGCACCUGAAGUAAUAAGUGAAGAGGGACCCAUCACAAAUAAAGCAGAUAUAUGGUCUUAUGGUCUUGUUUUGUACGAAAUGAUAGCUUUAGCCCCACCUCAUUAUGAAAAUCAUGAUGAUGAUGCUAUGGAUGUAUCUGCUGAUGAUUCAAUGCUUGAAUGCAGAGCUUUUAAUACCAGCAAAGAAAACAAUGAUCCAAAUAAUUCAGAUAUGGAGGAUAGUUUCAUUCAAAGUCUCAAAGAUCCCAAUGAUGGCCCUUAUGGUACUCGACCACCUUUGCCCGCAAUAGAACUAGGACCAGAAUAUGACAAAGUACUUGAGAUAUUUUAUGCUUGUACAGAUCGAGAUUUAAUAACACGACCAAGUGCAAAAGGUGUUGUUAUGUUUUUCAAAAAUUACGUGAAGAACGUCACUGAAGACUCUGUAAAAGCCUAAAAUUUGUGCUUAUAUGUUUACUUUUCUACGUGCCUAUAAGGCUCUAUGAAUAUAAAUUUUAUAUUAGGAUUAAGACAAGGUAAAUUAUUUCCUACAAAUUUUAAUAUUUUUUAUAAGAAAAAGUCUUUUAUGUUUUUAUAUAAAGUCACUAAUACUAAAUAUAAAUUAACAUAUAUUGCAUCGCGAAUUUUAAUAAUGUGAACUUUACGAACAAAUUAUCAUUAGAAAUAUUAUUAUGAUAAUAAUGCAUACUAUUAAAGCUAUCUUCAUUUUUCUCUGAAAUAAAAUACAAAUAGAGUGAUUAUUUUACCUCAUAGAUAUGGAUGAUUAAAAAAGAGUCUAUCAAAGUUUUACCAUUCUGUGUUUGUUUCUUUUUUCGUUUGCCUUAAUGAGUCGAUCACGUCCGCUGUCAACAUCAUCCGUGGCCUUACUUGCAAAAUAUUCUACACAAUUCAACUGUUCACCCUAUAAUAAGCAAUGAAAUGAUGAUUUGUUCUGAAAAAUUCAUUAUAUUCACAUGAUUAAAAAAAUUUAUUCAUACUUGUCUUUCAACUAAAAAUGCCAUUUCAAGGAAAAUAUCUCGCACUUCAACGAUAGAUUUUUCUAAUUUUUGUAACUCAUUAUGCCUUGUUUCAAUAUCUGACAAUUGUUGCUGAGCCAGCUUAGUUUCCGCUAGAAUCUAACAAUUAUAUUUACAAAGAUAUUAUAUUUGAUUUGUGAA